AUGGCGGGCCUCUUCAAGCGGGUGUAUGACUGGCUGCUGAGGCUGUUCUGGGCGACCGAGAUGGAUAUUACGAUGAUCGGUCUGCAGAAUGCUGGCAAGACUUCGCUGUUGAGAGUCCUGGCGGGCGGAGAAUUUACCCUUGACUCGAUUCCAACAGUUGGAUUUAAUAUGAAACGGGUCCAGAAGGGUCAUGUAACCCUCAAGUGUUGGGAUUUGGGAGGACAACCACGUUUCCGGUCUAUGUGGGAGCGCUACUGCCGCGGGGUAAAUGCUAUCGUGUUUAUCGUCGACUCGGCGGAUACGGAAGCUCUGCCGGUCGCAAGAGAUGAGCUCCAUUUGCUUCUAGAGAAGCCCGUGCUGGAAGGAAUUCCGCUCCUGGUACUCGGCAACAAAUCCGAUCUUGAGGAGAAGUUGUCAGUAGACCAGCUGAUCGAUGCGCUGGACCUGAAGAGUAUCUCUCAUCGUGAGGUGAGCUGCUACGGCAUAAGCGCAAAAGAAGAAACAAACCUGGAUGCGGUCUUGCAAUGGCUCGUUGCUCGUGCUGGCAGAUAG